GAGUAAUCGCGCGUGUAUUAGAACCUUCAGACGAUGAUGCUGAAGUAAUAGGAGAGGCUUGCUAGUUAUUGAUCUGGCCUGGUGUAUGUCAAGAUGUUGGCCACAACCUCCAGGCGUUUGUGGAGCUUGCACCCUUUUGGACAGUCCCAAAGAUUGUUAUCCUCCUGGGCCAGCGUCGAUCCAUCAGCAAUCUCUGGAUCUAAUCCUGGUCAGGCGUACAACCUCGUGAAUGGCGAGUGGGGCCUGCCUGCCAAAUCGAAGACCAUCCCAGAUCCCCUGAAUGGGGAGCCCUUCAUCAAGCUGCCUGACACGCAGCUGGACGAGAUCGACCCCUUCGUGCAGAGCUUGCGCGCAGUGCCCAAGUCGGGGCUGCACAAUCCGCUCAAAAAUCCAGAAAGGUACAACAUGUACGGAGCAGUCAUUGCCAAGGCAGCUGAGGAGAUGAGGAAGCCAGAGGUGGAGGACUAUUUCACCAAGCUGGUGCAGCGGGUGGCGCCCAAGCACGACGCGCAGGCGAGAGCAGAGGUUGUCGUCACACGGCGCUUCUUGGAAAACUUCUCUGGCGACCAGGUGCGCUUUACGGCGCGCAGCUUCGGUGUCGCAGGCGACCACGCAGGGCAGAUGAGUACGGGGCACCGGUGGCCCUACGGACCCGUAGGGUUGAUAACUCCCUUUAAUUUUCCUCUGGAGAUCCCCGCGCUCCAGCUCAUCGGCGCCGUCAUGAUGGGCAACAAGCCGCUUGUCCACGUGGACCACAGGGUGAGCAUAGUAGCGGAGGCGUUCCUGCGCAUGCUACACCACGUGGGCAUGCCGAUGACUGAUGCUGACUAUGUGCACGGCCACGGGUCCGUGGUCAACGAGAUCUUGGUCCGUGCGCGGCCGCGCAGCACGCUCUUCACCGGCAGUCAGCGCGUCGCAGAGAAGCUGUGCGCGGAUCUGCAUGGCAAGGUGUUUCUGGAGGACGCGGGAUUUGACUGGAAGGUCUUGGGGCCUGAUGUGUUUGAGCCGGACUACAUAGCAUGGCAGUGCGACCAGGAUGCGUACGCAUGUAGCGGCCAGAAAUGCUCCGCGCAGUCCAUCCUAUUCCAGCACAGCAACUGGGUCAAAGCCGGGCUUGAGGAGAAGCUGGCGCAGCGGGCAGCUCAGAGGAAGCUAGAUGACCUCUCCAUCGGGCCCGUGCUGACGUGGACCACAGACGCCAUGCUGGCGCACGUCGACAAGCUCCUCAAAAUUCCAGGAGCACGCGUGGCGUUUGGAGGCAAGCCAUUAGAGGGCCACAGUAUUCCAGACGUCUACGGAGCGAUUCAGCCCACAGCCGUAUUUGUGCCUCUGGACCAGAUCCUGAAGGAUGAGAACUUUGGGCUCGUCACCACGGAAGUUUUCGGACCCUUCCAGGUGCUAACGGAGUACAGCGAUGAGCAGCUACCGCUGGUGCUGGAAGCUCUGGAGAAGCUGGAGGCGCACCUGACCGCAGCCGUCGUCUCCAACGACCCCGUCUUCACCCAAAAGGUGCUGGCGAACACCGUAAACGGGACGACGUACGCGGGCAUACGGGCGCGCACGACGGGAGCGCCGCAGAACCACUGGUUCGGCCCAGCCGGUGAUCCGCGCUCGGCCGGCAUCGGAACUCCCGAGGCCAUCCGCCUCGUGUGGUCUUGCCACCGCGAGAUAAUCAGCGAUGUUGGACCGAUCCCCCAAGGCUUCCAGGCCACCACGACCUGA